CUCAGCAUUCCUAAAAUCAAUUAUUAGAAGUCGGCGAAUGGUCUCCCGAAUUUUUCAUAAUAGCCACCGAUAAUUUUGAUAUGCAUUGUGCGACUGCCCCAGACAGCUUCCGGGCAGCCCGAGUGGCGGCCUCGCAUCUCCCACUUCCCUCCAUCGACCUCCUUUCGCCUCUGCGGUCUCCCCUGAGGGAACAAACCCCCGGCUCCAACGAUUAGAAACCGCGCUAAAGACCUUUAGGGUUCGGUUAGAGGGCAUCAAAUCAUCGGCCCUCUGCCUGCUCCCCUCCACACGGAGUAGAAGAACUGCAACAAGAAGAGAGAGAGAAGGAGGGGCGAGAGAGAUUGAAAAGAAAGAGAAAGGGGAGGAGGAGGAGGUGAGAUGUCGCUGGGCGACGACGGGAAGAACGUGCUGGAAACGGGGAAGGCGGAUCGGUCGGUGUGGCUGAUGAAGUGCCCGCCGGUGGUGUCGCGGUCGUGGCAGUCCGCCGC